AUGGCUAACACAACCGUUCGAGGCGCACAAGCCAUUCACGGCCAAAAUCCGCAGUUUCUAGUCGAGACUGUAAUCCGCAAUCGUAUCUAUGAAUCGUCUUUCUGGAAAGAACACUGCUUUGCAUUGACAGCGGAAACUCUCAUUGACAAGUCUCUCGAAUUGCGUUGUAUUGGGGGAGUCUAUGGCAAUCAGCGUCCAACUGAGUUCCUAUGCUUGUUGCUCAAACUGCUCCAGAUACAGCCGGAGAAAGAAAUUCUACUGGAGUAUCUCCAGGCGGAUGAAUUCAAGUAUCUGAGAGCAUUGACUGCGAUAUACAUACGGAUGACGUUUGGAGCAUCGGACGUGUAUGAGCUGCUAGAGCCAUUGCUCAAAGAUUUCAGAAAAUUGCGCUAUCGGAACACGACCGGCAAUAACAUUACUUUCAUCGACGACUUUGUUGACCAACUGCUCAACGAUGAGCGCGUCUGCGACAUAAUUCUUCCACGCAUACCCAAAAGGCAGAUGCUUGAAGAAGCAGGAGAUCUGGGACCACGAAAAAGCCGACUUCUGGAUGCAAUGGAAGGCAAGAUUGAUCGUGGCAGAAACACGAGCAGCAGUGGUAGCAGGAGUAGGAGUAGGAGUGGCAGCCGAAGUGCCGACGAGAUGAUCCGCGGCAGAGGACGGAGUCUCAGUCAUAGCGAUAGCACGGCGUCAGAUGCUGGUUCGCGGUACGUGUCGCGUAGUCCCUCCAGAUCGCGAUCUCGUUCUCCCUCUGCGUCGUUCGAGCAGUCACAAUCUCUCUCUUGACCGUAUGAAUGCAAUUACAGCACUAUCAUC